AUGCCUUCUCCACUUCUCCCAAAGAUGAAUCGUUUCGUCCAGUUCAUCAACUCAGCCGACGAGACUAUUGGAAAGGAAGUGGUUUCCGAUGCAGCUAUAUUCCACGUUCCGUUUCAAGAGGCUCCACUGAAAGGAUUCUCUGGGUAUAUGCAAGUUCUAGGGAUGAUGCGCUCUGCCUUCUCAGAUGUUCAGUGGACCCUCGAGGAUACCGUUGCCGAAGACGAUCGAGUAGUUGCGAAGUUUACUUUGCGUGGAACUCACGACGGUGAAUUCUUCGGUGUUCCCCCUUCUGGAAACAAGAUUGAGGCCCGUGCUAUGAAUAUCUAUCGCUUUGUGGAUGGAAAGAUUGUGGAGGAGACUGGCUUGCCUGAUCUGUUCGCGAUCAUGGGGCAAAUCGGAGCUCUGAAGCCUCCAGGUGCUCAGUAG